CAUUUUUAUUCGUGUGACACGAUUUAUUGCUCUUCGGAGUCUGCUAGCCUCUGUAACACAUAUUUCUGUGCUUCCUUUCAUCAUGGCGUGUCGACAGCGUUUAGCUAUCCAGAAAGCUUGCGAAGCACGGCCUCUUGUGGUGUCGUUUUAUAUCUUGUAGUGCUGCUUCGUGGGAACCGUCGGCUCCUGGAACGUUUCGGCCAGUGAGCUGAGCCAGGCCACCGUGGAGCUGCCGCUUCCCGCGGUCAUCAGCCUCCUGCCUGCGUUCCCAGCCCUCCUCCGCAGAGGAGGGGCCACUCUCUCCAGCCAACUUCGGGAGAAAAUGUCUGGAAUUCCGUUUCCGCUUUAGGGAGUGGACGGUGAUUUUUUUUUUUUUUUUUUUUUAAACUUGACUACCUAACCACUUUUCGUUUCCACGUCAACCUCGGACAGUUUUGUAGUAACUGUCCUGGAUUAACUUCUUGUUACAACGAUGGCUUCUUCGCCUCAGAAGUCCCCGUCCUCUCCGAAAUCUCCGACGCCCAAAUCCCCGUCCUCCAGAAAGAAAGACGACUCUUUCCUGGGAAAACUUGGUGGAACUUUGGCAAGAAGGAAAAAGGCUAAAGAAGUGUCUGAGCUUCAGGAAGAGGGGAUAAAUGCCAUCAACCUGCCUCUCAGCCCUUCACACUAUGAGCUGGACCCUGAGGACACCAUGCUGGAGGAGAAUGAAGUGCGCACCAUGGUGGACCCCAACUCCAAGAAUGACCGCAAACUGCAGGAGCUCAUGAAGGUGUUGAUCGACUGGAUAAAUGAUGUUCUGGUGGGGGAGAGGAUCAUCGUGAAGGAUUUGGCUGAAGAUCUGUAUGACGGACAGGUCUUGCAGAAACUAUUUGAAAAGCUGGAAGGUGAGAAACUGAACGUGGCUGAGGUGACCCAGUCGGAGAUCGCCCAGAAGCAGAAGCUGCAGACUGUUCUGGAACGCAUCAAUGACUCACUCAAACUUUCCACCAGGAACAUUCGCUGGAAUGUUGACUCGGUUCAUGCUAAGAGUAUAGUUGCCAUCCUGCACCUGCUGGUGGCGCUGUCUCAACACUUCAGAGCACCAAUCAGAUUGCCUGACCAUGUUUCUAUUCAAGUGGUGGUCGUGCAGAAAAGAGAAGGCAUCCUUCAGUCUAGACAAAUUCAGGAGGAAAUCACUGGCAACACAGAGGCUUUCUCUGGCAGACAUGAGCGUGACGCUUUCGACACUCUGUUUGACCAUGCUCCAGAUAAGCUGAAUGUUGUCAAAAAGACGUUGAUCACAUUUGUGAACAAACACCUGAACAAGCUCAACCUAGAGGUGUCUGAACUGGACACACAGUUUGCAGAUGGUGUUUAUCUGGUAUUGCUGAUGGGGCUGUUGGAGGGAUAUUUUGUGCCACUCUACAACUUCUUCCUCACACCAGAGAAUUUUGACCAAAAGGUCCACAAUGUUUCGUUUUCCUUUGAACUGAUGCAGGACGGAGGUCUGGAGAGACCAAAGCCCCGACCAGAGGAUAUAGUGAACUGUGACCUUAAAUCGACACUGCGCGUCCUGUACAACCUCUUCACCAGGUACCGGAACGUAGACUGAGCACCAUAUGUAGCAAGAGGGAACACUUUAUACCAUGGACCACAUGUUGAAAAGCUUAACAAUAUGUUUUUUCCCUCUGUUUGUUGUAGAAAUCUGUGUUUAUCUUAAUGCAUGCAUCACAUUUUGUCUGUGUUGGAUAAUGUAACAAAUCUGGAUUUCUUUUUAAUUCAGACAUUUGAGACAUUUGGCUUGUGUUCCACAAAAUGUUUUGUUUUUUUGUUCAACAGUCCAACAGAAUUAUUAAUAGUUAGUUGAGUCACAGAGGUGAUUCUGUGAUGAUUUUUGUAACUCUGAAUCAAUGGCAUGAAGGGGAGAUUUUAGAUGAACAACAUUUUUAUCUUAGAGAUCAGAAAAGAAAACGUUCAACCAUAUUUAUUGUACAUUUUGAUACACUUUUGUCAUUAUUUUGUCUCUGCUCUUGUCUGUUAGUGCCUUUAUUUAAACAUGUGAACACGGUCAGCGACCAAUACUUCCUACUGGGAAUCAAAUGCUUUCAAAUUGUCUUAAUGCCACAAAUUUCCUUUGCAUGUGUGGAGGAACAUUGGAAAUAUUUGACCAAAGCUCUGCUGUAUUCACCCUGUAGAACACAUAAAGGCUUUACGCAGCAGCCAUUCGCUUUGUUGUGUUUUAUAUCGUAACAUUUUUAAUAAAGGUACAUCAAAAUUAUAUAAUCACUCUGCAUUUUGUAGUUUAAUACAUUAUAUAUAUCGUAUUUUUAAUACACAGGACUUUUCACUGCUUUCUGCUAGACAAAUGAAAUAUUGUUUAAAUAUAUUACAUAUAUGUCAUGUUCUACUUUCACAGCAGUUUCACUUCUUCAGACAGGAAAUGCAGUGACUCUCUGUGGUUCAAACUGCCAACACGUUUGCUAUAAUGCACCUAUUUAUGUUUUAAUGCAUUACAUUCAAUAAAUUGUUCAGUCCAUGAA